CGCAAUCUCUCUGCAAGCCAGCCAGCCAGCCACCGAGAGAAACCUCAGUCGUCAGCGCCGGCCAGAAGCUAGCUUUCGAUCGAUCCCAGCGAGGAAGAAGAGAGCUAGCGAGCUGCGACUGCGAGAGGCAUGGCGGGCACCGUGAUCGCGUGCCACACCAAGGAGGAGUUCGACGCCCACAUGGCCAAGGCCUACGAGGCCGGCAAGCUGGUGGUGAUCGACUUCAUGUCCCCAACCUGCGGUGCUUGCCAAGAGAUAGCCCCCGUGUUCGCGGAGUGUGCCAAGGAGUACCCUACUAAAGGUGUCUUCCUCAUGGUCGACAUUUUCGAACUCAAGGAAGUUGCUCAUAGCUACUGCAUCCAGGCGGCGCCGACCUUCGUCUUCAUCAUGGACGAUCUGACGCUGGAGAGCUUUGUUGGUGCCUCUCCGGAUAAGCUCCGUAACACCGUCAAGGAGUUCAUCGACAACACUUCUGCAGCCUCUGCGUCGUCCUCUGCCUAAGGAGACGUAUAUAUAUAGCAAACUAAACUAAAUAUAGCAUCUAUAUGAUCACCAGCCGUCAAUAAGGGCCAACGAAUGCCGUGGUAGGCUGCUAGCAGUAGGCACCGCCACUGUCGAUCACUUUGGUCGUCUAAAUAACUGACUGUGUACUAUACUUACUAUGUUCAGUUCAGAUUCAGAUCGGAGUCGAUAUAUGUUGGAUACUUGUGACUGGACUUGCAAUCUAAAUGUCUGGCUUCAUUUCGGUUCGA